GCUCCCAGUAAAGAGCCUCGAACCCGGCGCGGAAAUAUUGCGUCAUAGAAGGACCGCGAGGAGCCGGAUUCCGGGUCUCUGGAACCGCGAUUUGUGGACCUCGUCGGCCACCAUCCUUUCAGCUUCUACGCCUCGUGUCCGCCGCGGGAGUUGGUUGCCGGUUUACAGACAUUGAGGUAAAGUGUUUAGAACAGCGGUAUCGUGAUUUGCCUCCAACGGUGAAGACGGAGUUCAUCCAUCAGGUUCUAGUAAUAGAAGAAGAAGAAGGAACAUUUCAUUAAUAGAAGAAGAAGGUUCCAGGCUUGGGAGAUCAUCAUUUCUGGCAGCAGCCUGACCUGAGAUCUCUGACCACAACUUCCAGGCAGGCCCACAGAGACAGAAGACAGAACACCAGAGCACACCCUAGAGUUACAUGCCCUUUUUUUUUUUUUUUUUUUUUGGCCGAGCCACUCGGCUUGUUCCCCGACCAGGGAUUGAAGUCACACCCUCGGCAGUGAAAGCACGAGAGUCCUAACCACUGGACUGCCAGGGAAUUCCCAACACACCCUUUCUUAAGAACUGGAGAAGAUGAUCAAGGUCCAGGCAUCUUUGUCAUUUGAGGACGUGGCUGUGGGUUUCACCUGGGAGGAGUGGCAGUUACUGGACCCAUCUCAGAAGGACCUGUACAGGAAUGUCAUGUUGGAAAACUACUACAACCUAGUGUCAGUAGGAUAUCAGACUCCCAAACCAGAUUCACUCUUCCAGUUGGAACAAGGAGAACCCCCAAGGACAGUAGAGGGAGCAGGCCAGAGUCAAACCUGCCCAGAAGAAAUAUGGGAGAUUGAUCCUAUGCAAUGGCACCCAGAAAACCAAAACAGGAUUAAAACUUUGGAAAGAUGUCAGCAAAAUUAUGCACUUGGAAAUAAUUUCGAUUUAUGCAAAAGUCUUGUUCCUUUAACACAAAGAUACAAUAAUUUUGGCCCACAUUGUAAAAGUUUGAAAUCACAUUUAGGUUUUGUUAUUGGGAAUAGAAGAUAUGCAGGAAAGGAUUCUGAUGAGUUCAGUGGAUAUGGGAAAUCAUCUCUCUACCUCCAGCAUAAUAGAACUCUUACCAGAAUUAAAUACCAUGGCUCUGUGAAACCCAAUAGCACUAAAUCACAGCUCAAUGACCAUCAGAAAAUUCAUCCAGGAAAGAAACCAUACACAUGCAGUGAGUGCGGGAAAGCCUUCUCCAGGAAGGCACAGCUCAUUAGACAUCAGAGAACUGAAAGAGGAGAGAAACCCCAUGGAUGCAAUGAAUGUGGGAAAACAUUCAUGAGGAAGAUUCAGCUCACUGAACAUCAGAGAACUCAUACAGGAGAGAAACCCCAUGAAUGUAAUGAAUGUGGGAAAGCCUCUUCCAGGAAGUCACAGCUCAUGGUCCAUCAGCGAACUCAUACAGGAGAGAAACCCCAUGAAUGUAAUGAAUGUGGGAAAGCCUCUUCCAGGAAGUCACAGCUCAUGGUCCAUCAGCGAACUCAUACAGGAGAGAAACCCCAUGAAUGUAAUGAAUGUGGGAAAGCCUCUUCCAGGAAGUCACAGCUCAUGGUCCAUCAGCGAACUCAUACAGGAGAGAAACCCCAUGAAUGUAAUGAAUGUGGGAAAGCCUCUUCCAGGAAGUCACAGCUCAUGGUCCAUCAGCGAACUCAUACAGGAGAGAAACCCCAUGGAUGCAAUGAAUGUGGGAAAACAUUCAUGAGGAAGGUUCAGCUCACUGAACAUCAGAGAACUCAUACAGGAGAGAAACCCCAUGAAUGUAAUGAAUGUGGGAAAGCCUCUUCCAGGAAGUCACAGCUCAUGGUCCAUCAGCGAACUCAUACAGGAGAGAAACCCCAUGAAUGUAAUGAAUGUGGGAAAGCCUCUUCCAGGAAGUCACAGCUCAUGGUCCAUCAGCGAACUCAUACAGGAGAGAAACCCUACGGAUGCAGUGAAUGUGGAAAAGCCUUCAGCUGGAAGGGCCGGCUCAACAGACAUCAGCGCUCUCAUACUGGAGAGAAAUCAUAUGGUUGCAGUGUGUGUGGGAAAGCCUUUUCCCAGAAGGCAUAUGUCAUUGCACAUCAGAGACUUCACACAGGAGAGAAGCCUUACGAAUGCAGUGAAUGUGGAAGAACGUUCUUUUUUAAGUCAGACCUUACCAAGCAUCAGAGAAUUCAUACAGGAGAGAAACCAUAUGAAUGCAGUGAUGGUGGAAAAGCCUUCAGAAGCAAGUCAGAGCUCAUUCAGCACCAGCGGACUCACACCGGAGAGAGACCAUAUGCUUGCAGUGAAUGUGGCAAAGCCUUUGCCCACAUGUCAGUCCUCAUCAAACAUAAGAAAACUCAUACAAGAGAGAAAGCUGUGGAUUCCCCAAAGCUGGAGAAACCUUCCUCAGUGAGUCAUAGCUCUUUAUUCAUGAGUGAACUCGUACAGGAACAAAACCUUAUGAACGCAGUGCCUGUGGAAAUGUCUUUUUCGGGAACCCAGCCCUUAUUAAACAUCAGCGAGUUCCUAGGGGGCAGAAAUGUAGUGAUUGUGGACCAGCCUUUUCCAAGAAGUCAAGCCUCAGUAGAAAAUCGGGAAUUUACACAGGGACUAAGCCUUGCCAAUGCAGUGAGUGCGACAACCCCUUCAGUAAUCAAUUAUGUCUUAUAUGUUACAGAUAUUGUGUAGGAAAAAAAUCCUCAGAUACCUGAGAUGGGAAAAAGCCUUGAGCAAGAAUCCUCCCCACAUUCAUUAUGUGUCAGAGCUUGCUUAGGAGAGAAAUGCUGUGGAUGGGGUGGUUGUGGAGAACACUUCGGUGAGAAGUUAGGCUUAGUAUAUAUUAGCGAGAUCACAUUGGGCAGAAAUGCAGCUCUUGUGGGGAAGCCUUUUCCUAGAGGUGAUAUUGCAGUUGAUAUCAAAGAAUUCCCACAGGACCAAAACCUUAGAGUGUGAUGGUUUUUAAUGAUAAAUUGUAUCUUAUCACUUGUCAGAAGAGCAUAGAAAGACAACUCUAGAGGCACUGAAGGUGGAAGACAUGUUUAGUAAAAUGUGGAAGCACUCAUAGAGAAGAAAAAUCCCCCAAAGGCAAUAAAAAAUGGAAAUUCUAUCACCAAACUAAGUCAUGUAUCACAGUUUUACCUUGGAAAGUGGGAAAGACUUUUGUAAAUAAAGGAAAUCUUCUUGGACACCAGGAAUUGCAUUGUGCAGUGAAAACCUAAGAAUAUAAUGAAUGUUGAAGGACAGCUAUAUUAGUUUCUUAUGGCUGCUGUAACCAGUUAUCACAAACUCGGCAUCUCAUAACAGCACAAUUUAUUAUCCUGGAUCUCUGAAGUCCAAAAUGCAUCUCUGGGCCAAAAGCAAGGUUGUUUGCAGGGUUGCAUUUCUUCUUGGAGGCUCUAGAGGAGAAUCUGUUUCUUUGCUUUUCCAGCUUCUAGAAGCUGCCCAAAUUCCAUGGCUUGUGGCCCCUUUCCUUCCUCAGAGCCAGCAAUGGCUGGUCAACUCUUUCAUCCCUCCAACACUCAUUUUUCUGUCUCCUCCUUCCACGUUUAAGGACCCUUGUGAUUACAUUGGGCCCACCCAGAUAAUCCAGGAUAAUCUCCUAUCUUAAAGUCAGCUAAUUAGCAGCUUUAACUCCAUCUACUAUCUUGUGUCCCCUUUGCCUUAUAAUAUAGCAUGUUCACAGGUCCUAGACAUAAGGAUGUAGACAUCUUUGGGAGGCCAUCAUUCUGCCUACCAGAGGCCACCCUUUGGCACCCAGUGAUUUGUGCCUAUCCCGCAUGCAAAUGGAUUCAUCCUAUCCCAGCAUCUCCAGAUGUCUCAGCCCAUUACAGGACCAACUCAGAGUCCAAAACCUAACCUAAAACUGAUCAGCCCAGGAGUGCCAAAUCUCAUCUUCUAAAUCUAGUGUUGAUAGGCUCUGGGUACAAUCCAUUCUGAGGUUUCUCUCUGUGAACCUUUAAAACUCUAGAAACAAUUUAUAUGGUCCUAAAAUAACUUAAUUCCAUCUUCUACCUUAAUUCCCCUUUACCAUGCAAAGUAACAUAUUUACAGAUUCUAGGAAUUAGGACAUGAACACCUUUGGGAUUUGCCAUUAUUUUGCCUACCACAAAAACAUUAGAUUUCAGAGAAUUUACACUUUGAUAAAUUCCUACCUAGCCCUUAAGUAAAUUUGGAAAAGCAUGUUUCCAGAGAAAUAAUUAUCUAAAGUAAUUAUAA